UUACUCUUGUGAGUUUUAUCGUGCGUUUAUUAAAAACCUUAAAUUUAUUAUCAUUUAUAUAUUAUCUCUCUCUCUCUCUCUCUCUCUCUCUCUCUCUCUCUCCUUUUUUUCUUUUUUUUUUUUAACGCAAGAAUUAAUAACAUUAAAAACGAAUUAUGAGAUUAACCAAUUAUUUAUUUAAAAGAGUAGCAGAAUGGACGAAGAAAUAUUCGAAUUUACCUGAUUCCUAUAUAGAUCGUACUAUGCGACAGGUUUAUUGGCGUACACCUCGAAGUAAACCACAAUAUCUUCCACGUACUCAUGAACGUAAACGUUAUUGGUUUUCCAUUUAUAAACCAUGGACGAAUAAUUUUAAAAUGGAAAAUGUUAAACCUUUGUUACCCGAUUAUAUACAUAUAGAGCCUAUAAAAGAUUGGAGUUUUUUUCGUGGCGACAGGGUUGAAAUAUUAAUAGGAAAAGAUAAAGGUAAACAAGGUAUAAUAAAAGAAAUAAUACAGGAAAGAAAUUGGGUUUUUGUGGAAGGUCUUAAUACAAAAUUGGAAUGUAUUGGAAAAACUAAAACAUUUCCUGGAAUAUAUAUAUCAAUGGAACAACCAUUAUUAGUUACAACAGAUAUUCUUUUAGUUGAUCCACAUGACUUAAAUGGUACUCAAAUAGAAUGGAGAUAUACAGAUGAGGGUAAUAAAGUACGUGUAUCUGUUAGAACUGGUAGAAUAAUUCCAAUGCCUGAAUCUGCAUUGGAAACGAUAGAUUAUAAACAUCCAAAACUUUAUAAAGAACAAAGUAAAGAUACGACCAAAGAGGAAGUAACAAAAGUAACGUUUAAACCGGCUUUAAAAACUUUCGAAAUGGAUAUUAUGGAUAGUAUGGGUAUCAAGGAAGAUCGUACAUCUAAAAAAUCGUAUUGGUAUUAGAUUAUAUUAUAUUUCAAACUCACCAGUAAAUAUUUUCUUUAUUACCAAUGGUCUGUCUCCAAGAGGACUAUCACGUCCUCCUUCUAAACUGAAUCCAAGACCAGCUCCAUCUUUGUAAACUGCGACCAUUGAUGGUGGACCCCAAGCAGUAUCUUCUACAGCAUUUAUUUCGAAUCCUAAGAAAAUCAAUGUCCAUCAAUAUUUAAAUAGAGUUAAACAUAUCUAUAUAUAUAUAUAUGUAGAUAUAUUGUUUGUCAUAUUAAUCCUAGUUGUGAACACAUAUCAAAAUAAUCUUUAAUUGUACACUUGGGAAUGUGUUACAUUUCACUUUGAAUAGUACUUUAAAUAGCUGUCAUUUAUACAGAAUGUAUAAUAUGAAAUGAAAUUGAAAACAUAAAUAAAAAUGGAAUUUAAUAUAUUCUUGAAAAUCUUAAUAAUAAUAAUUGGUAGAUUAUUAGAAAAAUACAUUUGCAAUUUUCUAGAUUAUAAAAAAAAAUUCAUGAAUCGUGCAAUGCACAAAUUGUUUCAAUUGAUCUGGUGUGUUUCUCAAAAAAAAAAAAAAAAAAAAAAAAAAAUAAAAAAGAAGAAAAAAAACAACACAUAGAUGUACAACUAGGAUUAAUAUUUAUAUUCAAUAUGUUUCAAAACUAAUGAAAUGUUAAAUGAUUGUUACCUUCAACAAUGGUUUCGACACUGGCA